AUGGAGAUAAGUUAUCAAGUCGAACUCCAAGCAUUGGACGUAUCACUGGAAGUGCCAGUAUUGAAACCUUAGUACGUGUGGGAAUUGAAAAAGAAAAUGGUCUGUCUCCAGAUUCUAAAAUGGUUGUAUUACAUGAUUUUACACCCUGUGUGGAUGAUGAACUUGAAGUUAAAAGGGGUCAAAGUGUAAAUAUGUUGUAUCAGGAAAAUGACUGGGUGUAUGUUAUUGCAGAAAAUGGACAAGAAGGUUUUAUACCACACUCUUAUUGUGCACCAUAUGGAACUCAUUUUGCAGAAUUAGCUCUGAAUAUUAAACACAAAAAAUUACCUCGCAAUGAGCGAGAACAAGAAAUAGACCAGACAUCUUCCAGAGGUACUCAGAGUGCUGAUAGUGGUCAGCAUUCUGAUGUCGAGAGCUAUGGAAUAGUGCCUGAAACUAGUUCUAAUAACAAUGUUUUGUCAAUAAAUCAAAAUAAUCAGAGUAGUUCUUCUCAAAGCUCCCUUCCUGAUGUACAUCCUUUUUUUAAAGAUCCUGCAGGAAGGUACAUAGUACUUUACACUUUCAUUGCAAGAGAUGAAAAUGAUGUUAGUGUUGAAAGAGGAGAAUUUGUGACUGUAUUAAAUAGAGAAGACCAUGAUUGGUUUUGGAUUGUGCGUUCAGAUGGUCAAGAGGGUUUUGUUCCAAGUGCCUUUGUAUACCCAGCUGAUGUUAUUCAAGAUCAUGUUGGUGCUCAGAUAUCUGCUAGUAACCAAGCACAUCAAGCUGCUGCUCUUAAUAACAAUCAUCAUAGUAACACACCUACAUCAGAGGAUUUGCGUUUUCAUGGUAGUGAACUAGUUAUGUUAUAUGACUACAAAGCACAAGCACCAGAUGAUCUCAGUGUGCGAAGAGGUGACUGGGUGUAUGCUGAUAUGAAUAAUCAGACUGUUGAUGGAUGGUUGUGGGCAUAUGCACCUAAAACCAGAAAAUAUGGUUUCAUUCCAAAAGCUUAUGCUAGACCACCUGCAAUGACAUCCUUAUGAUCGUUUUUACAACAUGUUAAAUAUUGUACAUUAAUUCGUUGGAUGUAAAUAUUAGUUGAGUGUUAGCUUCUUUUAUCAGAUGUGCAAGGUAAUUUUUCUGAAUUAUGUUUAAAAUAAACUUUGUUGCCUAUAUAAUUAUUAACUAACAUUUUAUAUAAUCAUAAAAGAAGAAUCUUAUGUCAUUUCAGCACUAGAUUAAUAUUUUUACUAUUAAAAAGUGAUACUAGUAUUUUAAUAAUAAAUUAAAUUAUUUUUUCCUUGAUAAUCAGCAUUUAAAGGUCAAAUUCUAAAUUCUUUUGUAGUAGAAGUAUAAUUGUUAAUUGUGAUUUUUUUUGCAGAAAUCAGUCCGGAAAACUUGCUCUAGAUUUUAUAUACUUAAAGAAGAUAUGAAACAGUUAUUCAUGUCAUAUUUAAGAGAUUUACAUCAGUUCUAUAAUGUUCAUAUUGCUUUAACUUGAACUGAAUCAAGUAUGCUAUGCUUGAUAUUAAUUUGUGCAUUUGUGUGUGGGGUAGGGAAAUUUCCAGACGUCUUUUUCUAUAUACUAUUUUAUAGAAUACUACAUUUAGUUGCUUUAUAAAUUAAUCUCCAUGACUAACAAAUAUUUAUAAAUUAGUGAGCAGUCAUGAAAUUGAUUAUAAUAGCGAUUUUGAUGAUGAAAACUGUAAACAAAGUUACUAACUUUAUUAAUGUGCACAAAAUUGCUGAAUAAAUCACUAGAGCAUUUUUUCCACACUAUCAUCACAGAAGAAAUUGGUAAAAAUUAUAAAAUCUUUAUUGCACAAUUAUAACUAGUCCUUUCUUGUAUUUAAUUUGAAACUAAUGAGCAUAAAAAUUAUUACAUAUUAAAUAUAUAAUGCUCCUUCUAGAGUUAGUCUGAAUGUUCUGAAAAUUAUGAAUGUAGUUAUCUCUUUUAUUCACAUCAGAGUUUUUCUUAAGGUGCCAUUGUGUAUUAUACUUAAUUUUGUGUAGUUGAAUGGAGUUCUGAGUGUGUGUUGAUGAGUAAUUCUAACAAAGAUUUUUAUCAUUAAAUUGUUUUUUAUAAAUGAGGUGAUGUAUGAUACAUGUAAUAUAGCUUGCUCUUUGUAUGUAAAUUUGCUUGCGUGAAUACUUGUACAGAUAUGCAAGCACAAUGAUUUUAUUUAAUGUAUACUUUAGCCAAAAGUAUUAGGAUAUUAUUAAGUAUGGACUUUUGUUGAAUUGUCGGUAAAUUAUUUAUAUACCUAAUAAUUUAAUAGUCUCAAUAUCUACAUUAAAUAUUCAAUAUUCAGACAACAUUAAAAAGGGUGAAGAGCUAUUUUAAUGUUUUUGUUUUUCUCUCUACUUAGUAUUGUUUUCCAAAAGCAAAAGUUAAACAAAAAAAAAAAAAACAAAAAAAAAGAACUAAAAGGUUUUAUUUGUUAAUAAAUAAUACAGUUCUAGUCUUAUUAAAUCAGUAUAAUAAAAACAUAUUUUUGAAUUUUUUUUAAUCUUAUAAUUGCACUCUACAGAGUUUAACUAAAUACAAAUGAGAUUGCAUCUCCUAUAGUUGGACCAUAUUUAAUAUGAUGUAAAUUCUCCUUUUACUUCCGAAAGAAACGUUACCCGUUGAAUUAUAGGUUCAGCAAGAAAGUACCUUGUUGAGUUAAGUAUCAUUAAGAAAAUUUUAUCAAAUACUAGAUAAUGCUUAGUAAUAGUAAUCUAUUAACCAAGUCUUUCAGAGAUACUUUUUACUAAGAUGGGUUGCAUCUGUUAGAGCUUUUGUCAAAAUUAGAUAAAUUUUUCACUUUGCGUAUAUUGAAGUGAAAUAAAAUACUAGCUACGUGAAAGUUCCAAUUCAGGUAUUGUAUUGUUUGUGGCUAUAGAUGAACUGUGCAUUAGUUGCUACAAAUGCUAGAUCUGCAUAAUGCAAAAAAUUUUUUUUAAUGUUUUGGCUGUUUGAUGUAGCAUAUAUAUUCUUUGUCUUGAUAGGAAAGGGACCACUAACCGAUUUGUAAAUUUUCACCAAAAGCUGUUUUAUUUUUGAUAAGUAUUUGAUUCCUGCAUGUAGAAUUAAAAGGUAUAUUUCUCAAGUGAUUUUUUCCUUUAUACUUGAAAAACCGUAUGGUUACUUUUUAUUUUAUUGCAUAUAUGAUUAACAGUAUUAUGUAAUAGCCUUAUUUAUUUAAAUGCACAUAUCAUAUUUUUCACUUUAAAAUUGAUGAACCUAGAAUAUAAUGGUGUAAAGAUAUAUCUUUUUCCUGUGAUAGGGUUCAACUCAUGAUGAGAUUCAAAAUUUUGAUGUAAACUAUCAGAGUUUCAAAUUCAGACAUUUUAGAUAAUAACAUUUUGGAUUUAGGAUUCUUAUCAAAUUACAAUGUUAAAAUUAAAAAUAUAUAGCGGGUGCUAUUUGAUUAUUUGCACCUCCCAUUUGUAACGUGCAGCGUAUGUUUUACCAUAUUUUUGAAUGCAGACAUGACUAUAGCCAACUGAUGCAUGUACAUACCACAGAUGUGGAAUGCAUAUAGAAUUGCAAGCAUUAUAUUUAACCAUUAAUUUCAUGGAAUAGUAUCUACCAACUAUAAAAAUAAAUAUCAGACUUUCAGACUUCUGUUUUCCUUAAAAAAAUAGCUUUUAUAAAAUACUUCAAUUUAUUAUUAUCUGGUGAAUAGAAAGCACCUAUGAGCCUUAAAAUUUCACAAACAAGGAUUUUCCGCUAUUGGGAGAUAAACGCAAUUUUUCGUGAGGUUAUGGAUAGUUGAAAUACCAUUUAGUAUAGUUAUAGUCUGUGUCUCGAUUGUAAGUAAAUUGUAGCAUUUUAAAUUGUAAACUAAAAGUUAGUAGUUCUUAAAACAAUGUGAUUGAUUCAUAUAUUUUUAUAAAAUGAUGUUUUACAAAAAACAAAUUGGAGGUGUUGGAUAACAGUUUAUUCUAAAUGGUCUGCAUAACUACUAUGUAGUAAUCAGUUUUAAAUGUGAUUGAAAAUAGCAAAAUUCCAACCAUUAAAAACAAAAAUUGAAAAAAGGUGUGCCAAAUUUCUGCUUUUAAUGCUGAUAUAACUGUUACAUGUGUGGAUAUAUUUGUGCCAUAUAUUUUAUUUUAAAAUGUUAAUAAUCAUACUAUCUUAGGUAUGCUUCAUUUAUGUAUGGUAAGAGAAUAUUGCCAGAAAAAUAAUUGAAUUUAUUUGCUUAUUUAUUUACUUUACUGUAUAUAUUAACAUAUAUAGAUAUGCUGGAAUGAAAAUUGGGUAAGCAUAUAGUAUGUGAUGCUGCAUUUAGUUAUUUAAUUUAUUUUUUAGAUAGGGGCAUUAAGAUUGCUUGUCAGUGUAAUCAUUUCUUUUACCUGCCAUUUUAUCGCACAUUUGAAUUUAAAAAUAACAUUUUAGUGAUGCUAUCUAAAAAAUAACUAACUAAAAGUGGUAAAUUGCAUGCUACAUGAUUAUUGAAAAUUGACGUUAAAAUCAUUCUAACCUUGAAAUGCUGUUAAUAAUUAAAAUGAAAGCUACUUAGGCUACAAGUGACAAAAAGUUGUAUUAAAGUGUGAAGUAUUGAGUCUGAGGAAACAAAAGUUUGUUAAAAUGAUUAAAUAUUAUUUAACUGCAAAAGUUUUCUAAUUUAAAACAUUAUUUUAUUUCUGAAAUAUUUAUUAUUAUAUUUAGAAACUAUAUAAAAACUGUAUGAAAGUGAAAUUCAAUAUUAGUCUUUAACUAUAACUAUGUGAUCAUGGCUGUGCGUAAAUAUCGUGCCUCAAAAAAUAUAUUCCUUCAUUUUUCACAAAAAUACCUUUCUUGUAUUUGCAACAUUAAAAAAUUUUUAUGUAAUAAUUUAUUUUAAAUUUCAUAAUCGAAAUUCAGGUAUUUAAUCAGAGUUUUAUACACUAAAUGCUUUUUGAAAUUGCAAUGAAUCAUUUUUGUAAUUUUAUGAUUACUUACUGAGAGUCUUGAAAAUAGCUAAGUGGUCUGAAUAUAUAAGAUGAUAUUUUAGAAUACCUUAGUUCUAUCUCUAUUUGUCAUAUCUGUGGUAUAUUUGCAUCCGUCUAAUGCUUUUGGUUGCUGCAUGAGAAACUGAAGAAAAAGGAAUAGGUAUAAAAACUCGUGUGACUUCAUGUGUCACAUGUGUGUGAAUGUGUGACUUCAUGUGUCACAUGUGUGUUUUUCAGCUAAGAAUGUAGAACUUGCACAAGUUCUUUUGCCAUUCCUGAUAUAUUUUCAAAAUGCAGAAUUGCCUUUUCCUGAAAAAAAUAUAUUUAAAUAUGAAUAUAGGAAAUGUGACAAAGUUGUGUAGGAAAAAGGUUGGUGUUGCAGUUUUUUUAAGAUGCAUAAAAAAAUUGACCACCCCUGACUAAAAUGAGAGUUUUAGAGUGAAUUUUGAAGUACCUAGAGAGUAUUAAGUGUAGGGAUGCAGUGAUGCAAGUCAGCUCCUAGUUCAUUCAAAACAUGUUAUAUUAGAUUUAAAUCUGGAGAAUAUGCAGACCAUUUCACUUGCUGCAGUCCUUUGUUCUCAAGAUAAUCAUUAGUGUAGAAUGAUGAAGAUGAGAUUUAGUGUCUAUUAGGAGGAAAUUACCAAUUGUGCCCCUUAACAGUUUGACAUAAUUUUAAAGCACCUAGAGUAUUAGGUGUAGGGAUGUAGUGAUGCAAGUCAACUCCUAGUUCAUUCAAAAAAUGUUAUAUUAGAUUUAAAUCUGGAGAAUAUGCAGACCAUUAGGAGGAAAUUACCAACUGUGCCCCUAAACAGUUUAACACACACAUAAAGAUGAAGAAAUUCAUCUCUGUAGGUUUCAACAUUUAUAGUUGAACUGUUAAAAAUUUGUAACUGAGUGCAACCAUUCAAAAUAAUGUCUAUGAUUCCACCACCUUUGAACCAAAGCUUUUCAUGGAUGUUUUCAAUCUUAUUGUAUGUUCUGCUCCCUGUCAAUUGCAACAUGCCUAGUAUCAAUUUCCAAGUAGAAACGAGACUCAUCAGUAAAGAGAACUUAGCUGCUGUUUAUGGUACUACAAUUAUGUUGAUCUGGGUGCCACUGCAGCUAGCGCAUUUUGCAACUCGAGUUAGUGAAACACAAAUCGUGUGUUUCCUUGCAUACAGCCUGUCAGUAAUGAUAUAUAUCGAUAGUCAAGUUACAAAUAACAAGCUUGAGAAACUGUUUUAGUGUGUUUUUGACUUAACAUUGUCUUUAAACAUUUCCAGAUUCCUGACAUGAUGCAUUUCGCUCUCUUUUAGAUCUUUACAUAAUUUUACUCUUAUGGUAUGUAUGUCAGUGUCUUUUAUUUCUGUUCUCCCAAUUGCAUGCCAGUUCUGACAAUCCUUGAAAGGCCCUAUCAACAGUAUGUUCUAGCUUCCACAUGUGAUCCAACUACGCAUACAGUCUCUGAAAUUAAAAUUUGAAGCAUACCUUUCCAUACAUACCGUAAGAGUGGAUGUGAAAAAUUUGUAUAUUUCUGUGCAGUAAAGGUGAAUCCCAUUGGAUACAUGACACUGAUUUUAGCUACCAACUGCCUUUCGUUGGAUUUCAUUUAAUAGAACUAACAUAAAGCAUAUUUUUAUAGUCAUUCCUUUAGCUUUCUCCAUCAGUAUAAUAUAAAUAGGAAUCUGCAUGUACUGCCACUUCAUGGUUGAAUUAGGUUAUCAUGAAAACUGAAUUUUUCAUGCCUAUUUCCAUACUAAUUUUCAGUCUUUAAUUAAUAACAAUAUUCAUUAUGUUUCAUAAAAAUAUAAUUAAUUAGUAAAUGUUUUUAUGCAACAUAAUGAAUAUCUAUUGAAAAGCAAUAAAAAUACCUCUUUAUUCAUGACACUUUUAUGAGUCCCUCCAAACUAGAGAAAUAAAAAAUUUAGAUUAAUAAUCCCUGUACUUUUGGCUGUGCAUACAUAUUUAAUAAACAAAAAGCUUACGACUGUUAGGCAGUUAGACAAUAAACUGUGAUAUUUUUAGAUGCAAACAAAACUGCAUUUUGAGAAAUAUGAUUUAAUGAAUGAACUACAUCACAAUUUUAUUUUUAUCCACAGCUUAUUAGAGAAGGAAUUUCUCUCAAAAAGCGUUUUUGAUAUUUAUUUAUAUUAUUUGUUUUUCAUUGUGAUAUGUUGUUAAAUAGCGUUUCCCUGCUAGAUUGAUUACAAAUUAGACAUUGAAAGAUUGCUGUUAAAUAUUCAAAUUGUAACCAUUUUCUUUCGGAAGAAUUUUCUCUAUCAAGCCACAGAAGGUUUAUAUUUAAUAUAGAUUAUACAUAAGUUCUUCUUAAGUCUUUGUUUAUCAAAGUAUGUUUGGAAAAAAAAUCAUAAAGUCUUUGCUUUCAAAAUAAAUUUAUUAAAAUAUGAAUUAAAAAUGUAUUAGUUUUCUAUUUUCCGUCCACAUGUAUGAAAAUAAAAUUAUAUUUAUAAAUUUAAAAUGUAAAUAUUUGUUAAAUUUUUUAUAUAUAGAAUGUAAAUAUUUGUUUUUGUACGUGGUUUUGGUCUUAAAUAAUAUGAUUCUUUUAUUUUCUUUAAAAAAAAUAAUGCUUCCAUGAUUUUUUAAACAAGGCAUUUUAACUUGAAAUUUUGUCACUAUGUGUACUGUAGAUUUUUUAAAUUCAUUUUAAAACUAUGUUUGAAAAUUUAUAUCAUUUAUCAUUAUAGCCAUAAUUUUAAAAACUUAAUGUUGAAUAUGAUACUUCAUACCUUAAUAAGUUGCCACAGAUUAGUCAUCAUGGAAGCAGAUAGCUUUUUGUGUGCUUUGCCGUGAUUAAUUAAAUUAUAAACCAAUUAAUAGAUAAACUAAUUUGACAUACUUGAAAAUUAAUUAAAAUGAUUUUUGAAGUUAAAUAAAUGGACAACAGAUAUGUGCAUAAUGUCAUAUAUAUGCAUUUUCUGGGUGUGAAAUGAUAAAAAAAUUUUUUUUUAAUGAUAUGAAAUAACUUUAGUAUACAAUGCAAAGAUUUUGAGCUUAUUAAAAGAAGUUUUUAAUUCUUUGUAUUUAAAUAAUAUGUAAAUAUCAUAAACAAACAAUAUACCAAACUGUCAUAAAAUUAUGAAUUUUAUCAAAAAUCAUGCAGUUUACUGUGUAUUGUACUGCAUGUAAUUUUUCAUUAUACAUAUCUUAAAAGUAAUUGGGAUGGAAAUAAGACAAAAGGUUUUUAUUAUAAUAUUCAUAAUUUUUCUUCCUAUUAUCUGCUCCAAUAAAUCAUGAGUGACUUCUUAAUAAAUGCAUUAAUCUAAUUUACAUUAGUACUUUGCAUUAAGUUAUUGCAAAUAUGUUUUAAAGUUUUAAUAUAAAUUUUAAAAAGGGGAUAAAUACUUUAAAAUAAACUAGCCAUAAGCUAUGUAUCUUCUCUUUUGGCAAGUAGUGGAAUGCUAUUUACUUAUUAGAAUUGGUGUAUAAAAUAUUAUAUUCUAAAAUAAAUACAUUUCUAAGAUAUAUUUUAAAAAAAUGCAUUAUAUUAAGGGUCUAUUUAAGAAAAAAGUAUUUUUGGGCAAUGGAUGUUAUAAGUGUAUCAUAGGUGAUGAUGGAUCUUCAAAUACAAAGAAAGCAUUAAAGAGCUUAUGAAUAAGGUUUUAAAAACUCCAUAAUUUUGCCUUAACAAUUUGGUUCAGAUACUUUUGGUUCCUUUUGCACUUUUUAAAUAAGUACACUGUUGAAGUGCCUUAAAAAUGUUUAUAAAAUAUUGUUAGAUAUAUUGAAACUUUAAAGAUUUUUCUUUGUAAUGGAUGUUAUAUCAUAAUUUUUGUAAUUAUUUAAUAAAAUGAAAUAUGUUAUUA